AUGUCCCCGGUCUGUCUUUGGGCCCUAAGGCUCCUUCUCCUGUCGCUACAGUUGUGGCUUUUGGUCCAGCCGGCUCCAAUUGCUCAUUGGGCUAGGAAUUCAGUCCAGCUGACCUCUGACUCUCACCCUUCUUACCUCCCAACUGAAUCUCCCAACAUCCUGACACCCCCAGCCGACUCCAGAGACCCCUAUAACCUUGGGUCUUCUGUCCCUUCUAAGAUAUCUGCACCAUCUCAGGAGCUGACCGAUAGUUUGCUUCCAUUCCUAGACAAAGAUUCUGGACAGCCCUCUCCAAAAUCAAAACAGGUUCUAGAUCCUCAACAAGAUCUACCAGACAAGUUAAUUGUACAGGAGAGGCUCCCAGAGGCGGUGCCAGUUGGAGGUGGAAAUUACAAUGAGGCUGAGACUCACCCUCAUCCACUCAAAAGUAAGUUUCAGACCAUUGAUCUAACUCAGGCUUCAGAUCACCAAUCAUUUGAAAUACUUCUUGCUGCUGAACAUAAUCAGAGUUCAAGAACAACACCGUUAAUGGUUUCACCAGGGAACCUGGAGAAUGAUAUUGCUCAGCAUUCUCGACUUGCUACAUUUAUUGUUGGAACUGAAAAACAAUUUGCAGAACCUCAUCCUCAGAAACAACCUUUGCAGAAUGAUUAUUCAAAUCUAAGUACAGAUAUGGUUUAUGCUGACAACCUACCCCAUAAAUCCCAAGAGAAUCCAAGGGUACCUAUAGAGCUCCUCCAGCUGGAGACCCAAACUCUGGAGACUCCUGAGAAGGCUCCAUUCUCUACACCCAAGAGAGAUACUCCAGCUCAAUCUCAGCUUGAGAGGGUUGUGCCAUCCAUACAUCCUGGGGUCAAGUUUUCAUUUCCAAAUACAAAAGAAGCUCAAUAUUCAACCUUGGAAAAUUCCUUGAUUAAUCCUCUGGAUAUAGAGGAUACUACUCCCAAAAAACAGCAGACCUAUACGCAGGCUCCAGAGAGCGCUGAGGAGGAAAAACACACAUCUACCCAAAAACAGGAGCCAGCUCAGCCUUCAGAGCUCCAUGAGGGCAGAGAAAAUGAUGAAAACCAGAUGGAAGUCCCAGCUUAUCCUGAAAAGACUUCUGAGGAAGUCAUACCCUCAGUUCAGCAAGAGGUUCCAGUUCAAGUUCCAGAGUCCCUUAGGGAGAAAAUAGUUGAAACUUUACCCUAUCAUGAGGUGACAGCUCAACCUCUAGGUCCUGAUCAAGAUUACCAUGACUACUUCCCCAAUGUUACAGUUAAGCAACUUGAUAUGGAAGUUAGCAUAAAUUCAGAGCCUACCAAGAAGGCUGAAUAUAACCCAGACCAGCAUGAGGUCCCAAGUCAACCUCUAGGACUUCCUGUAGUGGCUGAAACCCCUUCCCACCUCGAGGAGCAAACGGCUCAGCCAUCUCAGUCUCCUAGGGAGGGUGAAACUUCUGGAAGCUAUCUGGUGUCCUCAAUUCAGCCUCCAGAGUUCAAUGAGGAUCUUCAGGAUGGCCCAUAUCAGACUUCUGGCCCUAUUUUGCUGAAUAAACCUCAUCCCAGUGAGCAAGAGCAGGUAACUCACUAUUCUGAAUCUCCUGAAGAAGUAGAAUCUUUUGGAAGCCACCUGGAAGACCAUGCUGAGGCUGAGAAGUCUCUGGAGGAAUUUACACAUCCAGCUGAGCCUGAGGCUCCAAGUCAUGCUCCAGAGUUCCAUAUGAAUAUAGUAAAAACUCCAGUAGAGGUGACAAAAUAUCCAGCUCUCCAUGACAACCUGGCUGGUAUUAAAGUUAAGCCUGAAGAUAAGGAAGUUGCUAUUCCUUCAGAGACUACCAAGGAGAUGGAAACUUCUGUAGUAGAACAUGAUUCCUCCAUUAAGCCAGAUGGUCUUCCUAUGGAGGAAGAAUACCCUCCCAGAAAGAAGGAGCAGCCAGCUCAGCCUUCUGAAUCUCCUGGGGAGGCUGAAACUUCUGGAAGCAAUCUGGAAUCCUCCACUCGCCCUUCAAAGGUUUCUGAGGAGUUUCAACCUUCCAUAGUCCAGGUGGUGGUCCCACCUCAGGCUUCAGCAACUGAAACUUCUCUCGGUGAGCAAGAGCAUUCAGUUCAACAAUCUGAGUCUUCUCAAAAGGUAGAACACCCUGGAAGCCACUUGGAAAAUGACGCUCUUCCUGAAAAGUAUCCUGAAGAAGCCACACCUCCAGUCAAGCAAAAGGCUCCAAUUCAUGCUCCAGAAUCCCCUAUGGAGAGAGUAGCUGAAACACUACCACCUGACAAGGCAACAGUUCAACCCCUAGAUCAAGAUCAGGACUACCUCGACUAUUUCUCCAGUGUUAAAGUUAAGCCUGAAAAUUACCAGGAUAACUUGGCUGAUUUUAAAGUUAAGCCUGAAAAUUACCAGGAUAACUUGGCUGAUUUUAAAGUUAAGCCUGAAGAUUCCCGUGAUAACUUAGCUGACUUUAAAGUUAAGCCUGAAGAUUCCCGUGAUAACUUGUCGGAUUUUAAAGUUAAGCCUGAAAAUUACCAAGAUAAUUUGGCCGAUUUUAAAGUUAAGCCUGAAAAUUACCAAGAUAACCUGGCCGAUUUUAAAGUUAAGCCUGAAAAUUACCAAGAUAACCUGCCUGAAAAUUACCAAGAUAACCUGGCCGAUUUUAAAGUUAAGCCUGAAAAUUACCAAGAUAACUUGGCCGAUUUUAAAGUUAAGCCUGAAAGUGACGGUAACUUGGCUGAUUUUAAAGUUAAUCCCGAAGAUUACCAGGAUAAUUUGGCCGAUUUAAAAGUUAAACCCAAAGAUUACCAAGAUAAUUUAGUUGAUUUUAAAGGUAAGCCUGAAGAUUACCAUGAUAACUUGGCCAAUUUUAAAGUUAAGCCUGAAAAUUACCAAGAUAACUUUAAAGUUAAACCUGAAGAUAAGGAUGUUACUGUAUAUUUAGAGCCUACCAAGGAAUUUGAAACUGCUCUAGCCCAGCAAGAGGCCCCAGUUUGGCCUACAGUAUAUGCACAAGAGGUAGAACCUGUUCUCAAUGAGCAGGAGCAAACAGCUCACCGUUCUGAGUAUCCUGAGAAGGAGCAUCCUUCUGAAAUUUAUCCAGAAGCCCCAGCUCAGGACUCAGAGCCUACUGAGGAAUUUGAACCUUUGAUCCAACAGGGACAACCAGGUCCAUUUUCUGAGCAUCAUGAAUUGAUUGCUUCACUUCCAUAUCAGCAUGAAGCUCAAUAUUCAAACUUCCUCAGUAUGACUGUUGAACCUCCACAUGUGGGGCUUCCCAUAAAACCAGAACCCACUACAGAAAGGGAUAUUUCUUCAAUCUACUAUGAGGUUCCAGUUUAUUAUUUAGUUCCCAUGAAUGACAAACUUUCUAAAGCCCAGCAACAUAAGGCUCUACCUCUGCCUCCAGAGCUUUCUGAAGAGGUUGAACCUAUACCAAUUAAUCAGAACACUCCAGCCCUAGAAGCAACUGAAAGUGAAAUUCUUUCUACCCAACAGGAAGCCACAGCAGGCAAUGAACACAAUGAAGAAGUUGAAUUUCCCGCCAUCAUGCAGGAAGCCCCAACUCAGCUUCCAAAGUUUCCUAUGGAGAUAGAACUACAUGAGGACAUAGGUUCAGCUCAGCUUCCAAAGCCACAAAAAACUAUAGUUCAUGCUCCAGUGCAUUUUAAGAUAGUAUCAGGCCAUGAUCAAGCUCAGUAUUCAGCAUUGCCCAAAGCCACAGUUCCACACUUGGAUGUGGAAAUUAACAUAACUCCAGAACCCACCAGAGAGUCUAAACACUCUUCACCUCUGAAGAAGCCGACAGUUUUAAUGAACCCUGAGAAAUCACGUCCAAAUCCACACCAGGCUCCAGCUCAGUAUCCCCACCCAACUCAAGUCACAGUUCAGCCUUUUGAUCUGGACCUUACCUUAACUCCAGGAUCCAGUGUGGAGAUUGAACCUGUUCCAACCAAACAGGAGACCAAAACAAAACUUCCAACGCCACCUAAGGGGCUUAUGUCUCAAGCUGUAGUGUUUUAUGUGAUGCCCGUUUCAAUGCUAGGCCAUGAUCGAAUUCAGCCUACAAAACCACCUGAUGUACCUGUUUCAUCUCUGGAUGUAGGGCUUCCCUCACCUCCAGAACACACAGAAGGGGCUGAAUAUUCUCCAGUCCUGAAGACUACAGCUAUGCCUCCAACUCAGCCUAAAUUGACAUUUCAAACUCCAGUCACAGCUCACCCUUUGAAUGUGGAAUUUACCAUAACUCACCAUUCUGUAAAUCUUGCUGCAGAAAAUGCUUUAGCUGUGCACAUGGAACAGAUUGCCUUUCCCAGCACCAACAUAUGUGAGCUCUGUACUUGCCAGUUUCAGGCACUGGUGUGUGUGGGUCUUCACCCAAAGCAGAGGCUCCACCAAGUGCCCGUGCCAGAUCCUACCGCCAAGAUGAAAAUCUUCACUACUUUAAAUCUUGGUUGCAACUUACUCACAGAACUGAGCUUUGGAACAUUUGAGGCAUGGCAUGGAAUGCAGUUUUUACACCAAUUAAUUCUCAAUCGUAAUCCUCUGAUAGCUGUGGAAGAUAUUCAUCUUUUUAAAUUGCCAGCAUUAAAAUAUCUAGACAUGGGAAGAACGCAAGUGCAACUUGCAACAGUUGAGAACAUCCUCACGAUGACUCUUGAGUUGGAAAAACUGAUCUUGCCUCACCAAAUGGCUGGCUGCCUCUGCCAAUAUAAACAUGAUAUUGAGGUUAUCUGCAAGACAGUCAAGCUGCACUGUGACCAUGUAUUGCUUAUAAACAUCACAUAUUGUCUUGAAGAAGAAUCAAUAGGGAACCCAGAAGGAAGAUUCAUGAAGGUGUUAACUGAUCGGAAGAGAAACAAUAGCACUGAGCUGAUUAUUGAACCAGAAAAAGAACAUAUGGACAAAAAUGAUGCCAGCUACUCAGGCGUAAUGAAUGAGCAGCUAGAGUUGAGCAAAGAAAAUGAAAUUAGUAGUGCACUCAACAAUAUAUUGCCCUAUUUAUCAGAGGGAAAUCUACAUGAUGUAAGGACAACAUUGUUACCAUUCAUUAAACUUGUCCAACCACAGGAAAACAUCCAGGCAGAGAUGAAGAGUACAGAGGAAAGACCACAGAGGCUCAACAGAGUCCUCAAGGGGCCAAGAAGCAUACAGAAAAGGCACUUCAAGAAAGUGGCCAAACAGAACAUCUGGAGGAAACAGAGUGGCCAGCCUCUUCUAGAGAAUAUUGCUAAAGAACGGUUUAGGAGACUACCCAUAAGGGAGCUUCACGUGGCUCAGAAGCCCAGGAAAUUGGUGAGAAACUCCUUGCCCACAGAGCUCUCGUUCACAAAGGAACUUAAGGCAGCAGCCUCUUCACUCCUGAAUCCAGACUCAGCCGGCAGGGCCUCCAUGUCCACCACUGAAAAAGCCCUAAAUGAGGUAAAAAAUAGAGCAAAAACCUUAACCUACACCAGGUUUGUUUUAGAUGGUACAAAUUCUAGAGUUAAAAGCAAAAAGGCUUCUAAUACAAUCAUAUCCCCCCAAAGUUAUGCCGUUCAUAGUACUGGCUCUUUUGUAACCCACAGAAUACCUAAAGCUAAACUGAACAGAAAGUUCAGAAAGAAAACUAGACUCUUUAGACCAGUGCAUGCAAACAGGCCUCCAUUUUCUGGAGUAAGGAGCCUCAUAAAUUCCCCUUCUGGAGAGGACUUUGCAUCAUGGGGAGAGCUGAACUCUCAGGAGAAUACUUUUCCAGAAUUCUAUGCCAUUUCAAAUCCUUCUAUAGACAUCACUCCUCCAAAACAAGAGAUUACAACAAAUGUUUUAGAAGGAAAUACUUUUGUUAAAAACAUUCCUGUACCAGCAGGAAGUCACCCUCAAAACACAAUUAGUGAAAUUGCUGCUCCAGGUUCUAGAGUGACUGCAUUCAACUUAAUGCCGCCUGUCCAACAAACCAACGAGACACUAUGGCAGGGCAUCAACAUGGGCAUUGACUCAUCAUCAGUCAAGGCCACAGACUACCAAUACCAGUUUCCAUCCUUUGGUGAUCAUUUUGAAAUGCAGUUAAACCAGCAGCUGAAGCCUCUUGUUCCCAACAAUGAUGUAAGAAAGCUGCUAUCUCAGCUCAUCCGGACCUUGAAAAUGGACUGCUCUGAGACUGACAUGCAGAAUGCCUGUUCCAAGCUCGUCUCCAGAUCUGGCCUCCUGAUGAAACUUCUCAGCAAAUCACAAGAAGUCAAGUUGUCCAAGGCGGAGUGGGAUACAGACCAGUGGAAAACAGAUAACUACAUUAAUGAGAGUACUGAAGUUCCAGGUGAACGAAAGGAGUCAAGUGAGCUCAUACAAGAAGUUCCUGGAUAUGGCUUUAACAACAAGAUCAUCUUGGCAGUAGCUGUGAUUUUAGUAGUGAUGUUGUUGAUUAUAAUUUUCUGUCUCAUUGAGAUUUGUUGCCACAGAAGAGCAACAGGGGAAGGCCAAAGAUCUUCAAGGGGCUUUCUUUGGUGUAUGCGAAGGCAGGGCCCUUCAGAAUCUGAGAGUCAGGAGGGCUUCUUUUUAGGGCGGCCACUUUGGCUGAGGGAUAUGUACAGGCCUCUCAGUGCUACAAGCAAGAAAAACAUGGCCAAGAAGCUACAAGACAAGGAGUCUUCUGAAGAAGAUGAAAUUUUCCAAAAGAAACAAGGGUGA